AUGAUAAAGGGAAAUAGUUUCACAGUAAACCAACCGGAUCGACUGGAGGGUGUUAAAGGGGGAUCAAUCGAGAUCCCGUGUACAUUUGCUUACCCAGACAGGUACAGACCCACACGGAUGAACAUCCUUUGGAGAAGAUGGGAGUUUCACGGGGAAUUGAACUUCAAUAUGUCUCGGAGAUACACUCACCCUGAAUACCGAGAGCGAAUUCAAUUCCUGGGAUUGCCAUACAAGGAGAGGACAGGAACCAUCCGGAUAAAGCAGCUGAGAAGGCAGGACACAACCCGUUAUUACUGUCGGGUGGAGACAACAGGAAAUGGGGAGAAGAUCUGGCAAAACAUCGCAGGGACCUUCCUCACUGUCCGAGCACAGAGAUCAACGACUACGACAAUAUCGGUACCCUCCUCAGUGAGUGCAUCCUCCGAGCACAGCGCAGAUGGUGAGGACCCACUGGCUCAGGGUCUCAUCCUCAUCAUCAGGGCGGUCAUCGCUUUCACAAUCCUGGCAACUCUUUGGCUGGUUGGAAUUUAUCUGAUGAAGAGGAAGGAAGUUACAGAAUCCGCUGAUGGAAACAUGUGAGGAGAGACCAAGUGAGAGAACAUGGGAUCUAAUGGGAAUUAUCCUUAAGAAUUCCUGGAGCAAGGGAUUUAAUGGCUUACUGUGUCCUACAGAAACUCACUGUCACACAACUGGCCCAUACUUUCAACAGAUGUCACCAUGCAAAGCUGAUUUGGACCUUCCCCUUUUGGGUAGACAUUGUAGACUGUUUGCUUUGCUGCAAUGUCUAACCAGUCUCUGUUUCCUGGGGAAAUAAACUCUGUUUGCAGUGCUUGUCUGAUGUGAAAUAGUGUCCACGUGCUGCUAAAAAGGUUGCUUCCUGCUCCUAUUUAUAUUCUUUCGAGUAUAAGACCUGACAUGGCUCCAGCUCAUGGGCUGACCCUGUGCCAAUCAGCAUUUCCGUGAAACAAGUUGCAAAAAGUGAGGACUUCCCUGUCACAGAAAAUUGAUUGAGGCCUAAACGUUGAAUAUUUGCAAGAAGGAGUGAGGUCCAGUACUUGGGGCUGUAGGAGAUCAAAGAGAAUGGGGAAGAUCGCUGAGUUGGAUGAUCAACCAUGAUCCUAUUGAACAGGCUUGAGGGGCUGAAUGGCUUGCUCCUGUUGCAACAUUCUAUGUUUCUAUGUGUCCAAUGUAAUACAACAUUGUCACAAUAUACUGUUUUAUUAAAAUAUUCUCAUUAACUUA